AGCGGGUGGUUCAUUGGUUCCCUCGCCUGCUCCUCGGAACCCCAGUCUGUGGCUUCCAAUCGGGACUCACGCGUGGGAAGAGCGCCAAGCGCGGGGGCGGGGAGGCCCAGGCGCCCGGGCCUUUGUCCUGGCCGUGGCGGUCCCGGCCGGAAGAGCUGGCAGGAGUCCAGCGCUCUCACGCCCCAGUGCUCCAGUCACGGCCACCCUGGGCUUCCCUGAGGAGACACCGAGCCCUCAGGAAGCCCUAUCGCCAGGAGAAACUGAGGCCGUGAGGCCGUGGGGGCCCAUUUUCCCUGAAUGCAGCUCGGCGUCCCGGUGCCCGGCUUCCAGGCUCUGCGCCCCUGCCGUAGGUCUGGCCAGGUGCAGCCGGCCUCGCAGAAGCAUGGAUCUCGAGCCCUCCGACCUGCUGGACGUGUUCCUGGCGCCCCCAGAAGAUACCUUCUCCGCGGGGUCCUUCCUGGAGCUCGGAUUCACCCGCUCCCAUCCCCUGGCUCCGGGGACCAGGCCCCGAGAACAGGGGCGGCGAGGCUGGGAGCCCAGUGGGGGCCACGGCUGUCCGAGCGUGGUGGGUGGCCGCAAAGAGGGCCUUGAAGACAGCGAGUCUGAGGACUUCCUGAAGCUUCUCAUCAACCCCAAUGAAGUGUACUGCUCCGAGGCAUCCCCUGGCAGCGACAGUGGCAUUUCGGAGGCCCCUGGGCGCUCAGACAGCCCCCCUGCCGCUCCGGCACCCAGCUCUCCUGCCUUCUGCGAGGUUGUCUAUGAAGCAGGGCCUCUUCAGCGGGCGCAGGGGGAAGCCGGGCCAAGCUUAGGGCUCCUCUCCAUCCAGCUAGCCCCCUCGCCUCCUCCAGGUCAGUGGGGCCCACAGUUGGUGGUCCCUGAUGCCCGUGUGAUCCACGAGCUGGCCUGCGACACCCACGCCCACAUCCUGCCCACUGACCCGGCCUCGGUGCCUCCAGCCACCCUGCUGCCCUGCCAAACACUGCUCCUGACAGACGAGGAAAAGCGACUGCUGGGGCAGGAAGGGGUUUCUCUGCCCACUCACCUGCCCCUCACCAAGGCAGAGGAGAGGGUCCUCAAAAAGGUCAGAAGGAAAAUCCGGAAUAAACAGUCCGCUCAAGACAGUCGGCGGCGGAAGAAAGAAUACAUUGAUGGGCUGGAGAGCAGGGUGGCAGCCUGUUCUGCACAGAACCAGGAACUGCAGAGAAAAGUCCAGGAGCUGGAGAGGCACAACACCUCCCUGGUGGCUCAGCUCCGCCAGCUGCAGAUGCUCACUGCUCAGACCUCCAACAAAGCUGCCCAGACCAGCACCGGUGUUCUGAUCCUUCUCUUUUCUCUGGCUCUCAUCAUUUUGCCCAGCUUCAGCCCCUUUCAGGGUCUACCAGAGGCUGGGCCUGAGGAAUACCAGCCCCAUGGAGGUGAGAAGCAAGGGCCAGGGGGCUCCACUGCUGAGGAAGAGAGACUGCACAGAGCAAGCAGGGGAGGCCGUGAUUUCCAGAAAUAUCUUGACCCACAAGGACAUGUCAGGAACUCUAGAGGCUCAAGGGACAGAGUCCAAAGUGGGGGAGUCCCCUGGAGCCCAGAGGGCGAACGGCUCAGGGGUACCACCAGAGAAGAUGGGCCUGAAGACUGGACCCAGUGGGCGCCUCAGAACCGUGCUGCAUGCAGAUGAGAUGUGAGCUGGGGCAGAGCCCUUCCUGGCCCACUGCACCCUCGAAGUAGGAGUCCAGGGCAGCCCUCAGGCUCUGCUUCCACCUGGAAUUCCCACGUGUCUCUUCCCUUAGGGAUCCAAAUCACUUCAGAACACCCUAGGACAGGGAGGGCGAACCCGGUAGAGCUUUCAGUGAUAACAGACAGCUGCUGCUGCAUGCCUGCCAUGGGUUCACCACCACUGCCCUAGCAAAUGUCCACAUCCUGAAGCCCAGACUUCCCACGGGAGAGGGCAUCUCAACACUUUAUGUAUCUGUGAUUUUAUUAUUUUGGGGGGGCAUAGGGUUGAGGGAAAUAGAAGUUUUGAGUGCAAAAUAAACUUUCUAGCCAAAUUUGCA